AUGACAGAACCAGAACAUGGUCCUAUAAUGCGGGAGGAGCACACCCAAACAAGAUGUAGGGUGUGUGUGCUGAGUUGCCUUCUGCUCGCCUGUCUGUACGUUGGCAGUUUGUACGUCUGGAGAAGCAGCUUACCCAGGGAUCACCCCAGCGUGAUAAAGCGUCGCUGUGCCAGUGUGCUGCUGGUCUCCGCACUGUCACCUGCAAUGGUGAAGCUGUGGAUGCACUGGGCUGAUGUCAGGGUCGAAGCAUCUGUGUGGGAGUUGAUGGGAGUUCGUUUGGAAAGUCUGGUGCCUGCAGCCAUACUGCCACUACUUCUGACCAUGGUAUUUUAUCUUGGUCCCUUGGUCCAUUCUGCAAUGGACAACCCUAAAGGCUUAACUGGGGAACUGCAGUCUGCACUGGAUGUUCAGUCAUGGAGGUUGUGUGUGGGAGAUGCAGUGUGGCUCAGGAACCAGGUGGUGGCACCAGUGACAGAGGAGCUGGUGUUCAGAGGGGCCAUGCUGCCCAUGCUGGUGCCCUGCACAGGACCAACAGCGGCCAUCUUCACAGCUCCGCUGUUCUUCGGUGUUGCCCAUUUCCACCAUAUCAUUGAUCAACGACGCCUCCACAAGGACAGUAUGAGUGCCAUCCUCUUGGUGUCAGGGAUGCAGUUCUUGUAUACUACUGUGUUUGGUGCCUUCACUGCCUUUAUAUUCAUGAGAACUGGUCAUGUAAUGGGUCCAGUUUUGUGCCAUUCAUUCUGUAACAGUCAAGGCCUACCUGACAUCAGCUCUGCCCUGCAACACCCUCAACGAUCAGCUGUACUAUUCUUCUAUUUGAUGGGGGUGCUGAUGUUCCUGGUGCUGCUCUUCCCACUGACAGACACCUUCUUCUAUGGUACCAUUCCUGUCUGCAGCUUGGCUGCCCAUCCAGCAUCUGCAUGCUAGAUUAAAUUAAAUGAAAUAU